AUGCAAAUAAAAUUUAAGCAAAAAUUCGUCCCACAACUUGCUGAAACAAAUAUUCAAGCUAAUGAACAGUUUGAAGAAAUGCUGGAUAUGAUAAGUACUAGCCAUGUAAAAGAAGGUACUGUUGUUAAAGGUCAGGUAGUAGGGGUCACUAAAAGUAUUAUUAUUAUCGAUGUAGGGCUAAAAAAUGAAGGUAGGGUCCCUAUCGAAGAAUUUGAUCUGGCCCAUAAUCAACCUUUACCUGCGAUGGGAGAGAUAGUCGAUGUAUAUAUUGAAAAACUGGAAGGGCGUAAUGGCAAAACUAUUCUAAGUCGAGAAAAAGCUAUUAGAGAAGAGGCAUGGGGACAUUUAGAAACAGCAUGUGGAAAAGGUCAAUUUGUUGAUGGGGUGAUAUUUGGCCGGGUUAAAGGAGGUUUUACCGUUGAUUUAUCAGGAGUUGUUGCUUUCCUACCAGGUAGUCAAGUAGAUGUUAGGCCUAUAAAAGAUAUUUCUUCACUAAUGGGUAUUAAACAGCCAUUUCAAAUUUUAAAAAUGGAUAAAAAACUUGGUAAUAUAGUAGUUUCUAGGAGAGCUAUCCUGGAAGAAUCAAGAUCUGAAGCACGUGAGGAAAUGUUAUCAAAAAUUAAGAAAGGAGUAAUAUUAGAGGGUAUAGUCAAAAACCUUACUCAUUAUGGUGCCUUCAUUGAUUUAGGGAAUGUUGAUGCGUUACUACACGUAACAGAUAUAUCAUGGAGUAGGAUCAAUCACCCUUCGGAAGUGUUAGCGAUAGGUCAAAAAGCCAAAGUAAUAGUUAUUGACUAUAACGAAGAAACUAAAAAGAUUUCUCUUGGUAUGAAGCAACUAGACCAUAACCCAUGGCAAAGCAUAAAAGAGGAAUUUCCCGUUGGUAAAGUCAUGACUGGUAAAGUAACAAAUAUCGCUGAUUACGGGGUGUUUAUUGAAUUAAAAGAUGGGAUUGAAGGACUUGUUCAUUCAAGUGAAAUUAAUUGGGUUAAAACAAAUCAAAAUCUUAAGAAAAUGCUGACUAUAGGACAGGAAGUUCAAUUUAAAAUUCUAGAAGUUGAUACUAAUAAACAUAGGAUCUCGUUAAGUAUUAAACAAUGUCAAGAAAACCCAUUAGUUGAAUUUGCUGCCAAAUAUCCGGUUGGUAGUGUCAUUGAAGCCGCUCCGAUCAGAAAUAUUACGGAUUUUGCAUUAUUUGUGGCGCUUGAGGAUAAUAUUGAUGGGAUGAUACAUGAAACUGAUAUUAGCUGGGAAGGUAACGGUGCUGAGUUAUUAAAAUUCUAUAAAAAGAAUGAUUUAAUAGAUUGUAAAGUGUUAUCUAUAGAUAUUGAGAAAGAACGCAUAGGAUUAGGGAUCAAGCAGUUAACUGAAGAUACCUUACCAGAAGAGUGUGAGAGUUACAAAAAAAACAUGAUUAUUCUUUGUUCAGUGAGGGCACUGAAAGAGGAUGGAAUUGAAGUGGCGCUGGAUGAAAAAGUGAUAGGCUUUAUUAAAAAAACCGAACUCUCAAGUGAAAGAGAGGAACAAAAAGUUGAAAAAUUUUCUCUGGGAGAAAGAAUAGAGGCAAAAAUUAUUACUAUAGAUAAGGCAUCACGCAAAAUUAUUUUAUCAAUAAAAGUUCUUGAAUUAGAAGAAAGGAAAAAAGCUAUUAAAGAAUAUGGUUCUAAUGAUAGUGGAGCUAUCCUUGGAGAUAUUUUAGGAGCCGCCCUUGAUAAUAAUAAACACCAAAAGUAA